AAAAUCCAAACAUUACUACUCCUAUUUAACUUUUUCAUUGUAAUUCCGAAUCGAAUACGAACACGUAAAGGCAAAAGAAAUGGCCAUCAUCAUGGCGACCUUGUUCAUCAAGAUUCCAUUUUGUGGUCACCACUAUUAAUCAAUCAUGCUGCCCACCAUUUACAGACCAACCCGAAACAAAAAUGGAGUCUUCUUCUAAUCCUGACUAUGACGUCAUCAUCAUCGGUGCUGGCGUCAUGGGAAGUUCCACCGCCUACUACGCCGCCAAAACCGGUCUCAAAACACUUUUACUAGAACAGUUCGAUUUCCUCCACCACCGUGGCUCCUCCCAUGGCGAAUCCCGCACCAUCCGUGCUACUUAUCCACAAAACCAUUACUACGGUUUGGUUAUCAAAUCGUACGAUCUAUGGCGAGAAGCUCAAGCUCAAGCAGGGUUUAAAGUCUACUACGAGGCUCGUCACUUUGACAUGGCUCCUUCCAACGAUCCAACUUUUGUUUCCGUCGUUCAAAACUGCCGAGAAAACAACGCCGAUUACCAACUCCUCCGCCGCGAACAAGUCGCGGAGAAAUUCUCCGGGAGAAUUGAUGUUCCGGAUGACUGGGCUGGUCUUUUAACAGAGCACGGUGGGGUGAUAAGAGCCGCGAAAGCGGUGACGAUGUUUCAGGCACUGGCGCGGAACCAUGGUGCUGUUUUGAAGGACAAUGUUGAGGUAAGGGAUAUCAAAAACGACGGUGGUGUUGUCGUUUUAGCUACCGCGAACGGUGAGAGUUUUCGCGGGAAGAAAUGUGUAGUAACGGUGGGAGCAUGGGCGAGUAAGUUAGUUGAAAAGAUUACCGGUGUUCAACUUCCGAUUCAGCCUCUGGAAACUCUUGUUUGUUAUUGGAGGAUAAAGGAAGGAUAUGAAGGGAAAUUCUCAAUUUGGGGCGAGUUUCCGACGUUUGCUAGCUUGGGUAGGGUUUGUUUGUAUGGAUCUCCGAGUUUGGAGUAUCCGGGGUUGAUUAAAGUUGCGGUUCAUAGCGGUAACCCGUGUGAUCCGGAUAAGAGACCGUGGGGUUCUGGUGUGAUGAUGGAUGAGAUGAAAGAGUGGAUUGAAGGGAGAUUUUGUGGGUUGGUUGAUUCAACCGAGCCUGUGAUGAAACAGUCUUGUAUGUAUUCAAUGACACCGGAUGAGGAUUUUGUGAUUGAUUUCUUGGGUGGUGAGUUUGGGAAGAAUGUGGUUUUGGGUGCAGGGUUUUCGGGUCACGGGUUUAAGAUGGCUCCGGUUAUUGGGAAGAUAUUGACUGAGCUUGCGGUGGAAGGGGAAACUAAUGAAGUUGAUUUGAAGCAUUUUAGGAUUGGAAGAUUCAAUGUGAGAAGGUUAAGAAUGCUUACAGAGGAUGUUUGAAGACGAGGAUGUUUGAAGACUUUUUACUAUUGUUUUGUAGAUCUAAUAUUUUGUUUAGUAUUGAGAGUGAUUGUAAUCUCUAGUACUCAGUCUGAAUGUGUAUCGACAAUAUGUGAUAUGUUGUAAGUUAUGUUAUUAGUUUCUUCUAUAAUUUACAAUUUUGAAUGUUAAAAGAAAGUGCUCAGACUAUUAUUUCUAGACAAAUAUAGUUUGAGUAUUACAAUUAGUUUA